CGAGGAGUAGCUUGAUGACGAGCAAGGGCGUGUUUCGUCACUGUACGGCCCUCGUGAACGAGCAUUAAGAAUUAUGUGCGGGCGGUAUGCCCUUGCGUUAUCCAACGAAGAACUUUACGAUGGAUUACAGAAUCAACUACCCCAACUAUUCCAACGUGGUCGACCACGCUGGGAACGAGAGCAGGACUACAGACCAAACUAUAAUGUAGCUCCACGUCAACGUCAACCUAUCAUUCAUCGGGAUCGCGAUUCUGGUGAGGCAGUAAUCGAGACCAUGCAAUGGGGUUUAAUUCCUCAUUGGACGAAACAUCCUCCUAGUGGACCUAUGAACACGAUCAAUGCCAGAUCGGAGUCACUCCUUGACCCUGCGUCAGGAGGAAUGUGGCACGCUCUAAAAGGGUACAAACGAUGUAUUAUCCCUGCUCAAGGCUAUUACGAAUGGCAAAAGAAGGCCAGCAGCAAAGUUGCCCACUUUACUCGUCUACCCCUUGGGAAGCAAGACACCAACGCAUCUCCGCCGCUCAUGUUCUUUGCCGGUUUAUACGAUACGGUCGAAUAUGUAUCGCCGGUCGAAUCUCGAUUUCAACCUCGCGAAGGGGACGAUCGUGAACCUUAUCCGACUGGUAAUCCUAUCCCUCUAUCAACCUAUACGAUCCUGACGACUGUACCUGCCAAGGACAUUUCUUGGCUACAUGAUCGGAUGCCAUGUAUCUUGAAAGAUUGGGAGGACAUUGAGAGGUGGUUGGACCUUGGAAAGGUUAAAGGUUGGGAGGAUGGUAAGGGCGGCACGGGAUCGUUGCUGAAGGGUACACAAGGACUCGAUUGUUUUCCAGUCCCACCGGAAGUCGGCAAGAUUGGUACCAAUUCGCCCACGUACAUCCAGCCUGUAUCUGAGCGAUCAGACGGUAUCAAGUCUUUCUUCCAAAAGCAAACGUCAUCACCCGCCAAAAAGACAGGUACCGGCAAGUCGGCAGAGGUAGUGAAGAAGGAGGAUCCGGACCAGGACGUCAAACCAACAUCCCAAUCGAAUACACCGGAUGCUUCUCCCAUGUCCGACGAUGUCAAACCAAAGGUUGAGAGCAAAUUAGAUCCAGAGAUAGGAGAUGAUUCGAACGCACCGAACGAAGCCCCUCCGGACGGGGUAGUCAAGAAAGAAGCGCAGACUCCGGGUAAGCGGAAACGGGGAAAGAGCGAGGAUCCCGUAGACGAGGACGCGGAGACAACUCAGGGUCUCGCCAGGGAACGCAAAGGAGGCCAUCAGACCAAAGUUACCAGAAAAAGCGAAUCCGAGGGCUCAAAGGAGCAACCUUCCAUUACUGCGUUCUUCAAAUGACCAAGUAAGGUCAAGCCCGAGCCAGUCCCGAAGUCCAAACCCAAAUCUACAAAGAAGCGUUGAAUACAUUCAAGCACUCAUGGCUUUGGUCUGUUUUGGGCGCUGAACCUGCGACAAUUAAACCUUCGUCAAUAAUUGUCGCCUCGCCAAAAGGACGUCGGGAGCAAGGGAGAGUCGCCCCGACUAUAGGUAAGAUUUCUCGAGCCGAUCUCUGCAGGACUGCUCGCAUCUCCUGGAAGACCAGAUCCGAAGGGUAACAGGAGCACCCAAGGUCCCCUUGUGGUCUCUGUAUCGUAUCCCGCCAUCAAUGUCUGUAGUUGUACGAGACGACGUUGUUAUGUACAUGACCUCAAUUUCAGUGCCACGGACGAUAGUUUGAUGCAAAAUGAAAAUGUUCGAAAG